AUGGGGAACACAGAAGAAGGAAACCAGACAGCAAUCAGAGAAUUCAUCCUCCUGGGUUUUGGGAAUCUGCUUGAGCUGCAGCCUUUCCUUUUCUCCUUCUUCCUCAUGAUUUACAUCUUGACACUAACUGGGAAUUGUUUCAUCAUUUUGCUUGUUGUGGCUGAUCAGCACCUCCACACACCCAUGUAUUUCUUCCUGGCCAAUUUAUCCUGCCUGGAGACUUGUACCAGCUCAGUCAUCCUGCCCAAAAUGUUAGCUGAUAUGAUAUCUCAAAAGAGAACCAUCUCUUUAAAUGGGUGCCUAACCCAGUUUUAUUUCUUUGGCUCUUUUGUAGCUGUAGAAACAUAUAUCCUGGCCGUGAUGUCCUAUGACCGCUAUGUGGCAAUAUGUAGACCUUUGCUGUAUGCUUCCAUCAUGAAUGGAAAACUAUGUUGUCAGCUUAUGGCUGGGACAUGGACAAAUGGUCCAUUCUUUAAUGGCAUACUAGUAGGUCUCCUGGCUCAGUUAUACUUCUGUGGGCCCAAUGUCAUUAAUCAUUACUUUUGUGACCUCACCCCAAUUGAAAAACUCUCUUGCAGUGACACUAGCAGGAUUGAACUCUUUACCCUUUUCUCAGCCUUCUUUAUCACUGUCACCCCAUUCUUGUUGAUUCUCAUAUCCUACAUUUGUAUUAUGAGUACUAUCCUGAAGAUUCCAUCUGCUGUUGGGAGGAAAAAAGCAUUUUUGACCUGCUCCUCUCAUCUCAUCGUGGUUUGCACUUUUUAUGGUUCAAUAAUCAUUGUCUACAUGUUGCCAGACACCCCGACUCUGAGAGAUCUCAAUAAAGUAUUUUCACUCUUCUACACCAUCCUGAAUCCCUUGAUCAAUCCUCUCAUCUACAGUUUGAGAAACAAAGAAGUUCACAAAGCCUUAAAGACUCUAUGUGGUAGAUUGACAGUUCAUGCGAGACUUUGCUCCCCUCCAUCCUUUAACCUUAUCAGCCGUUGA